AUGAGCUCAAACUGGAACCCAAAGGAUCAUCUCCCUCAGGAUGUUCAACAAUCAAUGGUGAAUGCUAAUGAUCCAUUAGCGUUUUAUCAGAUUAUCAGUCGUUUGAAAAUACAGAAGAGAACUGGUUGGUUAGAUCAUGACAUCAACGACUGUGAGAGCAUCGCAGAUCAUAUGUACAGGAUGUCAAUCAUGUCGAUGUUAAUCAAAGAUCCACAAGUCAAUAAGGAUAAAUGUGUUAGAAUCGCGUUGGUUCAUGAUAUGGCGGAAUCACUAGUUGGGGACAUCACGCCUUUUGAUCCAGUUACUAAAGAAGAGAAGCAUCGCCGUGAAUGGGAUACCAUUCAGUUUCUAUGUAACGAAUUUAUCCAGCAUUAUAACAAAGAUGCCGCUAAAGAGAUUAUGGAUGAUUGGUCGGCAUAUGAGCAUGUUGGUUCUUUGGAAGCUCGGUACGUCAAGGACAUUGACAAAUAUGAGAUGCUAGUCCAAUGUUUCGAAUACGAAAAAAGAUUAAACGAUUCUACAAAAUUAAAACAAUUUUGGAGUGCUGUUAAUAGUGUUAAGACUCAAGAAAUUCAGAGCUGGGUCCAAAAGCUUUUGAAAGCGAGGGAAGAAUUCUUCCAAGCUUAA